CCGGGCAGCGCGCGGAUGCUGGCGGCGCGGCACGUCGUGUGCGCCCUGUCCGGCGGCGUGGACAGCGCGGUGGCCGCGCUGCUGCUGAGGCGGAGAGGUGAGGCGGCCGUGCGCCCUGCGGCCCGGGACGCCUGGGACAGCGAGCCCGCCGGGGUCAGCGGCGGACGGCGGCCGCUUCGGGCUGGUUACCAGGUGACAGGGGUGUUCAUGAAGAACUGGGACUCACUGGAUGAACAUGGCGUCUGCACUGCUGACAGAGACUGCGAAGAUGCUUACAAAGUUUGCCAGAUCUUAGACAUCCCUUUCCACCAAGUGUCCUACGUGAAGGAGUACUGGAAUGACGUGUUCAGCGAUUUUCUGAAUGAGUAUGAAAGAGGAAGGACUCCUAACCCCGACAUAGUCUGCAAUAAGCAUAUCAAGUUCAGCUGCUUUUAUCAUUAUGCUGUGGAUAAUCUUGGAGCAGAUGCUGUUGCCACAGGCCACUACGCAAGAACUUCACUGGAGGAUGAAGAAGUCUUCCAGCAGAAGCAUAUUAAGAGGCCAGAAGGGCUUUUCAGAAACCGAUUUGAAGUUAGAAAUCCGGUAAAACUUCUCCAAGCAGCUGACAGCUUUAAAGACCAGACCUUCUUUCUCAGCCAGGUUUCCCAGGAUGCCCUGAGGAGAACCAUCUUCCCUCUAGGGGGAUUAACGAAGGAUUUUGUAAAGAAAAUAGCUGCUGAGAAUAGACUCCAUCAUGUGCUCCAGAAGAAAGAGAGCAUGGGCAUCUGCUUCGUUGGGAAAAGGAAUUUUGAGCAUUUCAUCCUUCAGUAUUUGCAGCCUCGACCUGGGAGGUUUAUUUCCAUUGAGGACAAUACAGUUCUCGGAACACACAAAGGUUGGUUCCUGUACACCCUGGGCCAGAGAGCCAAGAUCAGCGGCCUGAGGGAGCCCUGGUACGUGGUGGAGAAGGACGCUGCCAAGGGCGACGUGCUUGUGGCCCCCCGGACGGACCACCCAGCCUUGUACAGGGACCUGCUGCGGACCAGCCGGGUGCACUGGAUCGCGGAGGAGCCACCUGCCGCCCUAGUCCGCGAUAAGAUGAUGGAGUGCCACUUCCGAUUCCGCCACCAGAUGGCACUAGUGCCCUGUGUGCUGACCCUCAAUCAGGAUGGCACCGUGUGGGUGACUGCUGUGAAGGCUGUGCGGGCCCUCGCCCUGGGGCAGUUCGCAGUGUUCUACAAAGGAGGCGAGUGCCUGGGCAGCGGGAAGAUUCUGCGCCUGGGGCCAUCGGCCUACACACUCCAGAAGGGCAAGAGCAGAGCCAGAGCGUCUCCCGAGGGCCCCAGCGAAGACCCAGGCCCGCGACCCGCACCCUGACGGGAGCCAAGCUGCAGGGAGGACGCCUGUGAGAGCAGAGCCUGGGGCUAGGCAGCGUGCGCUCGGCAGGGCAGUGACGGACUUGGUGCGACCUGAACCAGGGCAGCCCCAGGAAGGCCCUGAAGCCAGAGCAGCAUUUGAUGGCCAGUGGGUUGGCCCAGGGCCCUGUUCGCAGAGUCUCUCCUUCACUCACCCCCAGGGAUGGUUGCCCUGCAAAGACACUACAGGGACAGUAUUGAAUAAAAAGUCUGACUGGCACGAGGAGUCUGACCACAGUGUCCAGGGGCUUGCGAGGCCGAGGUGGGCUGUUGAGGGGCUCAGCACUGAUGGAAUGGAAGGCAGGUGGACUGCGAGGGAAGAGCCAGAGGCAGCCUGGCCUCCCCUCUCUGGGGCCUGAGCCCUUUCGUUGGGGAAGGCAGAGAGCUGUCCGAGACCCAGGAGUCCAUAGGUGAAGCCCAGGAGCGGAACCCUGCGCUUUCCUGGGAGCAUGGCUUGGGGCUGAGGCAAGUGCUGCCUUGUCCACUGGAGCGCUCUGAGGAGUUGGGUGACCGUUGGUAUGGAGCGUCUCUGGAUUGCUUUCCCCUCUGGGCCGGGGUGGGGGCUUCUGGAGAGGUCUUGGGAGGGGACUGAGACUGCAGGUGGCUGGAACUCAGGGAGAAGUCAUCUUUCUGGAUAAAGAAUCUGGGAUAAAGGCCCCUGGAGUUGUCAGGUGGGGCCCAGCAGGUGAGGACUGGAGAAGCAGUCCCCUGGCAGUGGGGCUGGUGCGGGACCCACCAUCAGGGCAGGUGGAACUGGCAGGACCUAACCUGGUGGCUUGCUCAGAACAAGGGACAUCUAAAGCCAGGGCUUCAGCCUGCCCGGAGUCCAGCAUGACCCAGUGCUGAUGCAGGGUUCCCUGAAAUCACCGAGCCACAGGCCUGGGGGAUGGCAGAGAAAAACAAGGGACAGGGUGCAGCCUUAGGAUGCUGGGCUCCUGUUAACAAGGAAAAGGACAGUGCCGGCCACUGCAUGGCCCACAGAGAGAAGGCCAAGUGUGGAGAGGAGCCACGGGACUUCAGAACUGAGGGGUACAGAGUUUGAAUAAAAACAAAUAGAAAAGGGCACACGCAGCUGAGCUUGAGGACUGACUGCCAGAAGCAUCAGCUCCAGAGUGGGAGAGGUGAGACUGCGCAAGGCAGGGGCCUGGGCUGGACCAGGUCUGACGCUGUCACCGGGGGACCAGGAGAGGAGGAGCGUGGGCAGGGAAACAAAGGAAACAACCAAAGGCUAGACAUUUCCCAGCUUCGGUGACGCAGGCCUCCUGUGCCUCCAGCUGGAGGAGGUCCCUUCACGCCGCCUUGGGGAGGGGAGCUGGGGGAAGCAGCACAGCAGAGGGACAGGCUCAGCGUCUUGAUUUAUUGUGGACUCUCCUCAGGGCGCUGUCAUUUCCAGUGUUUGAACAUUAAUAAAUACAAGCGUUAAAAACCUCCAGUGUCUGAUCUC